AUGAAAUUAUAUUUCUGCCCACUUUCUCGACUGGUCAGUUAUAUCUAACAGACUUAUUUGCACAAUUCUUCAAAGAAUCCAUUUCUAUACAUGACUCAUUUAUUUUGACUUCGUCUGGCAGUUCUAUCCAGCAACCGAGCAAAAUACAAGUCAUAGCAAAACAUUCGUAGACAAAAUUACAUAAACAUGCUUUGAGAAGAUUCAUAAAUGAUCUUUUCAGUGAAAAAAUGCCUUCUGUCAAUGAUACAGGGAUAUUGUGAAGCUAAUUUUGACUAAACCAGAAUUGGGCAAUAAUGUUUGGGGCGUAUAAUGAACUCAAUACUGCUCAUACCGCUAGUACGUCCAGUACGACUUCAACAACGUGGUGUAAUCCUGCUACUUCGAUGUCAUCAAUGUAUGGAUCACCUGCGUGUGCUGCUCAUAUUCCAAUACCAUAUUCGUCCUUUGAUCCUGGUCCCAGCACUUCUUCAGUUUAUCCACAAGGAUCUAUGUUCCAGUUUGCCCCCUAUCCUGCCAUGCAUAUGCCAUUUGACUAUCCACAGAUUUUCAUGCACAAAUCUGCAAUGCAGAUGCAUGCCAGAGAUCUUGCCGGUCGCUCAGAAGUCAAACCCCAUCAAUGCCAGCAGUGUCUCAAAUCCUUCAGCAGCAAUCACCAGUUGGUUCAACAUAUCAGGGUCCACACCGGUGAGAAGCCAUACAAAUGUUCCUAUUGUGAUCGGCGGUUCAAACAAUUGAGCCACGUGCAGCAACAUACACGGCUCCAUACGGGAGAGCGUCCGUACAAAUGCCACCUUCCGGACUGCGGUCGAGCUUUUAUACAGCUUUCGAAUCUCCAACAACACCUUCGAAACCAUGACGCUCAAGUAGAGAGGGCGAAAAAUCGGCCAUUCCACUGUAACAUUUGCGGCAAAGGUUUCGCCACCGAAUCCAGCCUCAGGACACACACAUCGAAAGUAAGCCAUUGUAUUGGUCGUUUGCAGCAACAUGCAGCUCUUAUUGGCGGACCCAAUGCAACGUCGUGUCCGCUAUGCCACAAGAUGUUCCUCGGGGGGGAAGCGCUCAUGGAGCACAUGAAGCACACCCACAAAGACCCCAAUGCUUCCGGGGUAGCAACGAAAAGGAGAACCGCCAAUCACCCAUGUCCUGUUUGCGGGAAACACUAUGUCAACGAAGGCUCUCUAAGAAAACAUUUAGCUUGUCACCCUGAAACAUCGCAAUUGUCAAGUUCCUUAAGAAUGUGGCCAUGUUCUGUAUGUCAAGCCGUUUUUACUCACGAAUCAGGACUGCUUACCCAUAUGGAACAUAUGAGAAUGGAUCCUAAACAUCAGUUUGCUGCGCAAUAUGUUCUAUCUCGCGCAGCUGCUGAAAGGAGGGAACGGGAAACUAUUCUGGCUGCAGUCACAUCUGCAUCCGGUAGUGGACUCCUUGGUUUAACCGGAAUGGGACCAGCCAGUGGCAGUCCAAUGUGCGCCUCUCCCAGUGCUCACAGUGAUAGUUCUUCUGGGAAUGGAAGACUAUCAUCCGCAGGAUCGGAAGCAGGAGGACUGAAUAAUAAUAAUAACAACUGCAAUACGAAAUUGGGUGAUAUAUUAAGAAGCAACAAUGGACUGCAUCAACAAUACAACGUUGAAGAUCAGCUGCACACGGCGAAUCGAAUGGCUGUCAUAGCAAAUAUGGUCGGACAAGGUGGAGUACCCCCUGGUCUAGGAUCGGACCCAUCUGCUGCCGCCAACAUAACCGCCGCCAACCUUGCCAAUUUAGCGAUGCGACUGGGUGUUACACAAGCAAACCAGGUGAACAACUCCAGCAAUCCUUCAACUCCUCCCAUCACCAACGAUACGCUGUCGCUCUCCAUGAACGCAAUGAACGCUAUGAGAGCCUCCAUGGACAGCAUCCGUAACAUGGACGUAAUGCGUUCCUCUGUCAUGGAUAUGUCCUCGUCACAGCAGUCGCAACAGCAACAGGAGGCGCUUAGGAUGCAACACGCCGAAGCCCUCAUCAGAUCUCAGGCGGAAACAGCACUUCGACUUGCCAUGAGCCAGGCUCUGCCACAACUUAAUCAACAGGACAGCAGCCACAGCCCACUACGCCAUAAUGGGAAUUACCAGGGUCACCAAGGGCAAUCCUCCCAACAAUUGAGUCCUGACCUUACAGAAGCUUUAAGGCUUCAGGAGCAAAGGUUAGAGCAGGCGUUAAGGUUGCACGGUAGCGAUCCAAGGUCACUAGGUUUUUCAUUAUCCAGUCAACAACAGAAUCAACAACCGUGAAAUUUUAGUUACUACUGAACGCAUAAUACGUAAAUAAAUCGUUAAAUAUUACAUUAAUUCAUAUCACAAAAGCGAACGAUGACGUAUAGUAGAAUAGUUUUAAGGCAGGUUAGUUAUACUAUCGACUUUCGUUGUUACUAUUGAUAUUUUUAUCAAAUGGAAUAAGGUGCUUCGUCUAACGUUGUUGUUCGCUUUUUGGUUUUUGGUUUUUUUUGAGAAAAGUACAAAUCAUUUUGUUCAGUUUUAUUUUAGCUGCUUGUACGGAAAAUAUGGACUGGAUUUUUAUGAUACGACAAAUUUUCAAAUUUUCGUGAAAUUAUGCUAGUUUUAAAACUUAAUAAUGAGAAUACAUAGGGUAAUAACCACCGAAUAAAAAAAUAAUACCAAAUAUGUUUUAAAUAUUUCAGGAAAAGAAUUGGUAAAGAUAUAUUCAAAUCGUCGCUAAAUUCAAAUAUAUUUGAAACUGAUUUUGAAAGUUCAUCCUAUUGAAAAAGAAUUUAAAAAACGUCAUAUACGUAACUUAUUUUUAUGAAUAUUCUAAGAAACAACAAAUUAUGAAUCGAUCCAUAAUGGGUGAGCAACGAAUACUUUUGUAAGAACAGCUCAGUUCCAUUGUAAAAUUUUGUAAUUCAUGUUUAAAAUACAUGAAAACAGCCGGUCCAUAUUUCCCAUUGAAUGAUUUUUUUAUUGAGUUAUUAUCUUUAAAAUUCAAUAAUGUGCCAAAUAGUUUUUUUUCUCAAUUGCGUUUCGUGCGCUCGGUAUAUGAUUCUUGAUGGCUAAGCCAUAUUUUAAAAUUAAUAAUGCACUUUAAAAGUGUACCACUACAAAAAUCAUUAAACAAUGUAUAGAUUAUAAGUGUUAUGAAUGAAUAUCCAAACAGGACUGUUUAGGUAUUCUGAAAUUACUUAAAUUUAGGUUGUACAUAAAUAUAAUUGUUUAUAGAAUAUAAAUAUGUAUGAAUGAUAUAUAGAGAAUUUGCAAAACGAUUUUUUCUAAGAAUGAAAAGUAUGAAUUUUUGAAAAUUAUCUUCUAUUGGUUUUUAUUUUUGCUGUGAUUUUUUUUAUUUGGCCGGUUUAAUGUAACAUACCUAGCAAUAACGUAAUAAUUUUUUGCAAUGUACACUGUGAUUUUACGAUAUAAAUCUUAUGAUUUUUAAUAUUUUUAAGAAAACAAAUCGGCUUUAAGUUUAUUUUUUAUUUAAUUGAAAAGUACAAACUGAAUAUUAUUUGAGAAAUUAUAUUUUUUCUGAAAAUUUGAGAAUACUUUUGUAUAAAUGUUCGAGUGAAUGUGAAGAUAAAUUUUAUUUUGUACAUUCUCAGAAACCCAACAAAAAUUGUACUUAAAUUUUAUUGAAACGAAUUCUUUUUCUGGACACUUAAAAUGUGGUUUUAUAAUUUGUAAAUAACUAAAAGUAAGAGCCUCUGUAUAUAAGCAAUCCCAAUUUCAAAAAUUUGUAACAUUUUUAAUUUGAUUCAUUGUCAAAAAAUUUGAACUUCAAGAACUCUUUUCUGGUUUGUAAAUAGUUUCCAAUACAAUUUUUUGAAUUUUUUAUCAAUACUACUUCAUUCCACAUUUAUCAAUAGCCACAUAUAGUCAAUAGUUGCUAAAGAUUACAAUAGUAAACAGCAUUCACAGCUGUCAUAACUUCCCCAAAAAGUGACAAAUCAGAGACGUUUUACACACUCAAUUAUCGUGUAAAAUUUCGCAAGUGCAUAAGAGUUUAUUUCCAACACCCCCGGUAAUAUUUUCGUUUUUCAAAAUUUACCUGAAUUUUCGAUACCAAAUUCUAAACUGAAAUUAGGCACUAAAAUAACCACUUGUUAAGAAUAUCAAACAUUGAAAGAAAGAUUUUGGCUCUGUUUACCUGCACGAAAUUGUAUAACCCAUCCUUUCGAUUCCAUUUGGUAAGUCAGAAUCUAUCUUUCACCACAAAUUUUCAAGUCAUCAACAACCUAGCUGAAAUAUACAGGGUGUGAUUUUUGGGCAGUUUUUUCAAAGAGCUUCUAAGCUUUUUGAGCGAAAUUGUCAUCUUUUAUGCUAUUUCUACCGAUUAUGACGACGGCCAAGGCCACAAAAUAAUAUUCACUUUAACUUGCCAUGUAAUAAUACAGUAAAAACACUGAAAUAGCCCGGUUGCACAAAGUGCUUCAAAAUAUUUUGCCCACUAUAAUUACUUAGGUAAUUAUCACACUAAAAAUUUUACAAUAGCCCAAUCAAAAAUUGAUUUUGAAAUAGUUUCGCAUUACUCUGACCUCGAUGCGUUUUGUUUUCAAAAACAAUAGUUGAAUUCAACAUUUUAGUACCCCAGGUAGACAAAAGUUAUUUUGUCUAUCAUUUAGUGUAUUUUACAUAAAUAUUAAAGUCUACUUGCCCGAAUGGACAAAUAUUUAUUGUAAAAUUACCAAAAGAAAAUUUUAUUUGCAAUAGCCCAUAAUACAAGUGCGAUUUUCGCACAACAGUUUUUCAAUUUCUAACCAUAUUUUGUUAAACGAUUUUGUUGAAAGUUUUUUGAGCUUGGUUUGUUGUAAGUGUUCCAGAAGUCCCAAAAAAAUGCUGUAGCGUCGCCCCAUUCCUCAGUGCAUGUACCUUCGUACAAGAAUUCAGAUAAUAAAUGUGUUUAGAAAUAGUUUAUAAUAAUAACAAUUGCCAGGAGUAAUUUCUUCUUUCAGUGUUAAAUAGAUCUAUGUAUACGUUAUGAAUAAUGUCAAAGUGAAAUUUUCAUUUUGAACUUAUAUCUCAGAAUUAUUUUGAGAUUUAUAUAAUAGGUGUCCUUAUUUUUGGAAACUUUCCUCUUUCGAUUGAGUCGAUAUUGCUUAUUAGCUUUUCCGAUCGAUUUUAUCAUUACAAAUAUAUAUUGCAAAGCUCGUAUUCUAGUCUCGAAAGGCUCUUUGUCUAUAACACUAUUCAUUGACUCACUCAUGUAUUUUUUCGAAAUAUCAAUAUGUUCAAUAUUUUCCCAUCAAAAUCUAUAGCAUUCCUAAAUUAGGACGUUUGAUCUGAUCGCACCGAUCGGUAACGCAUUUCUAGGACUUAUUUUGGAUCGGUAACCUCUGAUCUAAACCGAUUUUUGCAGAAUCCUAAUUGCAGAUUAUUUGCCUGACUCAAAUAAAUUGCUGCUUGUUUCCCAUCAGUAUAACCGCUUGUAGAGCAAAAUAAAGCAUUGAAAAAUCUAAUGGAACAAAUGCAACAAAUCUGGUUCGUUUAAAUCCUCAGUUAAAAUGCAAUAGUCUAAACGCAUAAUGAAAUACUUCUUAUGCUAUACAAAAAUUCAGAUAUACCAUACUUCAGUUGGAGUUAUUUAAUAACUGAGUUUUUCGAGAUAUCCUGCCGAUUAUUUUCUAAAGAUCGGUAGAAUAAUUCUUGAAACUAGGUUAUUUUUCAUUUAUUUUACAAUAAUAUAUUCAGAACUUACAUCAUAACUACUCUCACACAGUUUGAUCAGAAAGCAAUUUCAAAAUUCAACACUUUAAUUUUAAUGAAUUUUCAAGCGGCCUUUUUAUUAUUGUUUCGAUUAUUUUCAAUUUACAAAAAUCCAUGAAACUUUUAGGCGGGUGUUUAUAGAUUUUGAUUUUUUAAAUUACACAUCAACACUUAAUAAUAUAAAAAGUCUAAAGUCACUUUUGGGAGACACAAACGUUUUGGCCUUACAAACAAAUGAAAUUCCAAAAAUUCAAGAUUAUUCAAUAAAACCACAUAAUAAAUAUAGUAGUUUACAAUGAAUGUUAGUUGCAAUUGUUAAGUUAUGUUACGUUUUGUAUACGUCAUGUUAUCUAUUAAGUUCAACGACUGAAAAGGUAUUUUUAAGAUCAAACUUUUACAAUAUUUCUGUAUUACUUAGGUCUCAUGGACAAGAAAAUUUUCAUAGGAAUCCGGAAAAAAGGUAUAUUAGGCUCCAAAUGGAUCUCAGUGUUUUUUUCCAGCACUUUCAAAACAUUCGAAAUUUCAAAUCCCUUUCGCAAUGAUGUGUCAACAGAGACUGACCUAAUUACUUUUCAAAACAAAAAAUAGAUAAUGAAUCUGAUCAAGUUGACAAUUCGCUAGUAUUUUCUGCCAUAAUAACUGCACUAGGAUGGUAUAGUUAAGUGUUUUAUUGUUAUACGAUGUAGUUCAAUAGUUACAGAUAAACAAGAUUUUUAUGUUAGUCUUUUAAGCCACUGGCGAAAUGUCAACAAAAAAAUAAUGAUCUUAAAGAUACUUUGGAUUGAAAAUGUUUCUCAUCACCAUAGUUCAACCUUCCAGUGUAGCGAUUUCGCAUAUAUUUCUUUCAAUUCUUUCAAAUAAUUUCUUUGUAGAAAUUUCGAAGAUUCAACUGGAAAGCUACAAAUAUUACUACAAAGAGCUGGAUAGGACACCAUAGUACAUUAGAAAUAAAACCAGAACAAAUCCAAAUUGUUGAAAUCUGAGAUAUACUGAAAGCUCCAUGUUAUUUUCUUCCAAGAUUGUUCUCUAUAUUUUACAAUCAUUAUUAACAACAAUGCUCCUUCAGUUAGCUCGCGAUCUUCCAUAUUUCCGACAUAUCUUCCGAAGUUUACCAGAAUUAUCCAAACGAGCGGUGAUAUUGACAUUUUCAAUUUUUACUGAAGUUAUGUCUCAUAUGUGUGAACUUCAACAGUAAAAUUUAAGCAUUGUCAAAUGUAUAAUUUAUGAUCGUUCAUUUACAAUAGUUACGUUAAAUGCUUGUGCUAUCACUACAGUAAUAACCUUAACUAUUUUUGCCGUAUAUCCCUUUUCAGGUUUCAGUAUACGUUUCAAGGAGAUCUAAACAAUUCAACAUGUUUGUUAACAGUUUUGAGAAAGAUUAAUUUGGCUUGAAACGUUUCGAAUCCCCUGGCAAAAAAUGUUUUAAGUUAUUGAAUCCAUGUGAAUGUAUCUACAGUGUAUUUUUUUUGAAAGUAAUUUAUUGUUUAUUAUACGAUAUUAUUGUAUACUUUUUAUUGAAAAUUUAUUUGAUGUUUGAAAAAAGUUUAAAAAUAUUUUAUGAUACUUUUAUAUAAUAUAUUUUACUAACUUGAGAAAGAUUUCAAAACGCAGCAAAAUACUGAAUAAACCGCAGCUGAUGGUUUUGAAAUGUUUCUUCGAUAAGAAUGUACUUUUAGAUAUAAGAGUUAUAUGUUACAGUUUUUUUACAAGUUUUGCCAUUUUUAUUUAAAAUUGACUGCCAUUUCAUUUUAACUUAUAUUUUUCGCUUCCGUAGUUAUGUUUACGUUCCUAUAUAAUAUUUUUUGUAAGCUGUAGAGCAUCGCAAAAAAAUUCGAACGAAUGACUGUGUGAAUGCGUUUUCCUGGUUUACAAGAUAAAAAGAAAAAAGAGAAUUAUCAGGUAAUUUAUGGAAAUUCGAGAACCUGGAAUGGAUAACUACAUAUAUGAAAAAACCCAUGACAAAAUUAAUAUUAAGGCAUGAUCCAAGUAUCAAAAUUGCGUAUUUCUAUAUAAAAUUAUUGAAACAUAGUUAGUUAUUCAUUCCUUGGAAUCAUGAUAAAAUGAAAAAUUAGGUUUAGAAUAAAUUAUCUGUGAAAUUUGAGGCAUUACGAAAAUAAAAAUAAUUUGUAAGAUAUAGAUAAAAGUUUGUGAAAUUUAGAAAACAAAUUGUUGCAAUGUUUUGUUUAUCAAAAUCAAUUUGAUGUAUGAAAUGUAUGUGUGACAUGUAAUUCUAUUUACUGGAAUAGCAAACAUUAAAAAAAAUAAAA